AUGCCGUUCGAAGUCACCGCUCGACCUGUCACUCCGGCCGUACAUCAGAGUAAUGUAUUUAGCGCCGCGCGUCUCAGCCCACAAUUUACAAACAGCCGUUUCACGCUAAUCCCGAAGGAUAGCGAUCCCGAGAUGUUUCCAGAAAGUCACCCUAACGCGAGCGUGCGGGGACCGGUGGACGCGUGGCUCGCGGAAUUCCAUUUAAAGACGUCGGGACAGUUUAGCGCUGACGGCGCGCGGGCCAAAUUGACGCGCCCCAGGGGCCGGACCUGGAUCGAUCGCGAAAUCGCGGCGCUGCUGAGGGCU